AAAAAGGAACAUGCCCUAGGUUAAGUGGCAGAGCUGGAAUUUAAACCCAGUUGUCUCAAGCCCCCAAAUCCCUAACCACAGCCUUAUAAGGUUCUGUGGGUGCCCCUGGGAUGGGGGAACACACACAGGGACCAGAAUGACUCUUCCAGGACUUGAGUGCAGAAGAAUGCUUGAUUCAAGGGUCCCCACUCUGGUCCUUUCUUCUCAGCAGACACAGAGGAGGUGAGUGACUACCCUUAGCUCUUUAUUUUAAUCUCAGGAGGGCUCUGUGCCCCUCCUCCCUCCAAGGACUGGGAGGAACUGUCUGCAAAUCCCCCCUAAUCCAUCAGCACCUGGGUCUCCACCCUACAGCUGCACACAGCCUCGCUAGCCAGGCGACCACACUUGUCCCUCCCGCCCCCACGCCGCCCACUCUCCCUCACCAUGGGGAACAGCAAGAGCGGGGCUCUGUCCAAGGAGAUCCUGGAGGAGUUGCAGCUCAACACCAAGUUUACCGAGGAGGAGCUGUGUGCCUGGUACCAGUCCUUCCUGAAGGAGUGCCCCAGCGGCCGCAUUACGCGGCAGGAGUUCGAAAGCAUCUAUUCUAAGUUCUUCCCGGACUCAGACCCUAAGGCCUAUGCGCAGCACGUGUUCCGCAGCUUCGAUGCCAACAGCGACGGUACGCUGGACUUCAAGGAGUAUGUGAUCGCGCUGCACAUGACCACGGCGGGCAAGCCCACGCAGAAGCUGGAGUGGGCCUUCUCGCUCUACGACGUGGAUGGCAACGGGGCCAUCAGCAAGAACGAGGUGUUGGAGAUCGUCAUGGCUAUUUUCAAAAUGAUCAAGCCUGAGGAUGUGAAACACCUUCCAGAUGAUGAAAACACCCCAGAAAAGCGGGCUGAGAAGAUUUGGGCAUUCUUUGGAAAGAAAGAGGAUGAUAAACUUACAGAGGAGGAAUUCAUCGAGGGGACCCUGGCCAAUAAGGAAAUUCUACGACUGAUCCAGUUUGAACCUCAAAAAGUGAAGGAGAGGAUAAAGGAAAAGAAUCAGUGAUGGGAACUGCUCAUCUCCUCCCCCACCCCUCACAUAAACACCCGCAGUGUGAGCAUGCUCGUAUGUCAGCAUGCUCGCGUGCACGCACGAGUGGGCACACACACACACACACACACACACACACACACACACACACACACCCUGGGCCUGGAGAGAUGGGGAACCAAACCUCUCCUUGCCAACUAAAGGUCCUUAGCAGGACACGGUUUCUGCUUCCUUUUGUCUUCGGUGACCCUCCCUUCACACCCUACCUGUCUCCUUCUCCUGCCCAGGUAGCCUUGUGAUAAUCCCAGGCUUAGGUCAUAGGAGUCCCAAAUGUCAGCCCUGCUUAAGCUCCUUUGGGGAUUGCUGGGUAAGCAGGUUGCAAUAAAUGCAAAAGGACUGGGCA